UGUUAUGGAUAUCUCGACUAACUCCUCUCUCGAUUACGUAACUGUCGAUAACGACAAGAUUUCAAAUCGAUUGUAAUGUUUGUAAACUGACGUGUGCCGCUAUACUCAAUGUAUACAUACAAGCAUGGUUCGUUUCAAGAACAGGUACUUUGCAGUAGAAGUAAAUCCAACAGGCAAGCAACAAAAGGCACCAUUUUACUUAAAUUCAUAUGCACUGCAAGCAUCUAUCCUUAAAAAGGUGGAACAGUUGCAUGGAGAUUUUGGAAUUGCUGCAGUUCAAGCUGGUUUCACUGCAAAAUACUGUAACAAGUGGACACGCAUUGCUAUGAUUCGGACUCGACAUGGUCCUCAUCGCCUUGUUGCCAGUACACUUCCUAUGAUGAAUGACGUCAGUGGCCACCAAAUAACUCUGCACACUCUGUAUGUUGGCGCUAUGCUGCAACAGUGUUACCGUUUUGUUCGGCGCUAUCAGCAACGACAACUCAUUAAGAUUUGGUCUGUGCUGAAAACAGAUGAGGAAAGGCAUACAAUGGAAACUGCAGUCAUGGAUCUCAAGCCACUAGAGAGCUUCAUUUCCCCUCAGCAUCCUGGAAAGAAAAGUUCAUAGUGUGUUGUAUUUUGAAAGUGGAAUACUUUUUCCUCAAUAUGUUAAAAAUUCAUCUGGAAAGCAAUUUCUUCUUGCCAUAUGACAACAAACAUAAUAUUGAUAUCAUUUACUCCAGUCUUUGUAACAUGGGAAUUCCAUUAUAUUGGUUUUAUGGCUUGUUACCAAUUAUCAAUUUUUAUUUAAUUUAUAUUGCAUGUUUUGUGUUCAUAAUUAAAUUACUGUAGGUGUUAAUUUUUCACAGAUUGUGGGAGAUGACUAAUUUCUACAUUUUUUACAGUAAUUAUAAUUCAUUCAUAAAUUGUUUAACAUGUAAAAUGAAUAUAGGUUUGUUAAAGUCUGCCAGUCAGUACAGAAGUCAUAUCACUGACAAGGUGAGCUAGCACCACAUGAAUAUCCCCUGUGGUGUUUGUGGAGACAAACUGGACUUGUGAAGUAAAAUAUAAUUUUAGUGGGUGUCAAACUGAUAAAACUGUCCAUACCUCCAAUUCUGAGGUUGUUCAAUAUUUAUUGUAAUUGAACUUGUGUAUUAGAAAUAAGACUGAAGGUGUAACUAUUUAAAGUGUACCUAGCAGUGAUUGGUUUGGUAGUUAUUCAUUCAUCCACAAGUUAUUUUCAAAAUGAUAUCAGACAUGUCAUCUUAACUGAAGGAGAACACAAUUUAUUUGAAAAUAUGUAACUGAUUUAUGCCUGUGGCUAAUACUAUGAAAAGUGAAGGAUUUAUUAAGAUUGUAAUGCUUCCUGUUCCUUUGUUUAGUGGCAAAUCAACACAGCUUUCAUCAUUAAACUCUCAUUGUGUAUUGUUCAUACUUGAGUCUAUCUGUUUUUAUUUUUAUGUUAAUACUUCAGUGUAAAGUGACAAAUGUUAGGUCUAUAAAUAGGGAAUUAGCAUUACAGUAAUAUUAUCUUAUUUAGAAAUACAUCAGCACUAUUACUUUGUUUUGGCACCUUGAUAAUACUUCUUACAUUCUGUUGAAUUCCUUGUCACCUCCUUGGCCUAUAUGAAAAGAACUGAGUUAGCAAAUCACUACAAUGAAUUAUAGCACAAGUGAAGGAAAACAGAGAAGUGUUGAAAUUGUCCAUCAGAGGUCCAUGUCUUAGCACUGUAGAGUAAGAAUCAUUAAAUUAUGACACUUUUUGGUUGAAUGACAUUCUUUAUUACUAAAUGAUGUCAACUGUUUACUAUUUCCUACUCUCAUAUCUAAAUAGUCCUUAACUUUUUAAUUUGAAUUACUUAAGAGGUAUGUGUUAACUGACUCUUUAAAUAAUUUGAUUUUAUUUAGUUACAAAGUUACUCCCUCUUUGGCCAAAGUAGAACUGAUUAUGUGAACCACAUUUCAAUUUGCACACCCAAGAUGCUUUGUAUAUUUCACCAUUACUUUUUUUAUCCAUUUUAUCACUGUUAUGUUUCAGCCUAUAUUCCAAAUGACUUGCUGUCUGAAAAGCUACUCUGAAAUUCUUAGGGAAGUCAGAUGCUAAUUUCUUGGUAAGCAGAUCAUAAUAUUGCAAAGUUCAAUUAGCUACUGCCAACUCUUUGAGGAUAUUAAAAUCUCACUAUACUUCUGUAUCAGGCAGCAAUAAUUUACAAAGACAUGCUACUAUUUCACAUGCAAGAAUGUUUUUAUGCUGCCGAGGAUCACUGGAAUCCGCCCUUAUUAUUGCAUCCUGAAUGUAUUGUCUUACCUAUUUUUAUCCUCCUAUAUAGUGAUCAUUAAUUCCAAGAAAUUUACCUUUUUAUCUACAUUCUUCCCUAGUGUAUGCUUUACAUUUUCAUGUUGUUGAUUAAAUACAUAUUGGAGGGCUGCUAAAUCUCUCUCUCCUCCCCUGAAUGUCAUAAAUUUCUCAUAAAGAUAAUGUUUGUAAACAAUUUUCUGUGCCAAUUGGGGUUGUUUAUGAACAUGUUUGCUUCUAAGUUCUUUAUGAAAAUGUCUGCAAGACCUUUUUUUGUUGAUAAAUUUUACCGUCUAACUCAAAGUAGUUAAAAUUUAAACUAGAAUUAAAAAAUUCUGAAAACUCAAA